UACAUCAGAGUUGUUAAUGGGGGCGUGAAAGCACAGAUGUUGAAUGAAAGAAUUGACGUUGAAGUGUUUUGAUUAUCAGAUGGAGAUCAUAUAGGAAUUUAUUUAGUUAAUGUUUGCAGAAACAUUUUUCAACGUAUAAGCAGUCCUUCUUACACCACUGUUGGAGAAUACUACUACAUUUCACAUUAACAUGCAGGAGAUAACUUGUUCAUGCUGCUUACCAAAUUUUGUAUUAUGGAAAACUGGUGUGGUAACCUGAAUAAUCAAUUUCAGUAUUUCCAUUACUUAUUUCACAUCUUCUCAUAAAUAAUUUAAAUGGCUGAAGGAGGUGAGAUAAUAGAGGGUUUCCUGUGUCCGAUAUGUAAGGCAGAUUUGGGAUCUCCAAAAAGCCUUGAGACACAUUUUCAAGAAGAGCACACAGAAGAUCAAGAUGUGAUCAAAUCAAUUAAAGGUCUGUUAGGAAAGGCUAAGAAGAGAAUCCUUAAGUUGGAAGAUGAAGAUCUACCUGCUGAUUUUAGGACCACAGCACACUUACAAGAUAGUUUUGAAGUGCUAUUGUAUGAACCUCAAGAAAUAGGGGCAUUCAGAUCACACUCAGAAUAUUUUCGUAUAUUUAGGGGUUCUCGUUUGGAGAGAUAUGCUGCAGAAACAAAUAAAUUAUUGAUUCGACUGGAUAAGUUGCUGCGAGAUGUACCGGCGGAUCCAGUGAAGAGGAAGUUGCAUGAACAAGCUAUAGUACCAUGGAUUGAUGAUCGAGAUGUGAAGCUUUGUCCUAGCUGUGCAAAAAGUUUUCAUGUUGCUCGAAGGAAACAUCAUUGCCGUCUCUGUGGAGCUAUUAUGUGUAAUGAGUGUUCUCAUUUUCUUGAGCUUGGUGUUGCUAAGAAAAUGACAGGUUCUGGAUUUGGUCAUGAUCUUUCUUGUACUUCAUUCAAUGUAGACAAACAAAAGAAUACAAACAGUGGGGCUUUGGAGCAUUCCAGCUCUGUGGCCAGUCUCAGUUCUGUAAAGUCAUUUAUGGAUAAUAUGACUGGUGAACAGAAUUUACGCCUCUGUGUGCAUUGCAAACAACUUUUGGAAGCCAGGGAGAAGCUGAAAGAAAAUCGAAGCCAGAAACCAAUAAUAAGUCAGUUUUAUGAACGCCUUGCAUCAUAUAUAAAAGAAGCCGAUGAGAUGGCUGAAGUGUAUUUUAAAAUGUGUGAAUCUUUGCAGUGUGGGGAAACAGCACAUACCCCAGAAGAGGCACAUAUUUUAAGGGGAAAGCUUCUGAAAUUAGCUGAAAACAUUGACUCCUUAAGUAAAAAGAUCACAAUUCUGGGCACAAAAGAUGUUGAAAAUCCCCCAAAAGGUAAAAGUUUGCAACUUCAGAAUAUGAUAAGGGUUGCAUCUGUAGCUUACCUGAAAGAGAAACUGCUUGGUUUGUCUUCUCCUACAGAAGGGCAACGUAUAAAUAACAGAUAAUGUGUUGAAUAUUUUAUAGAAAGGAAGAACAAAUAUAUGACCAAAUUCUACAUUCUGCAUAGUUUGUAAUUUGAAAUUACUCUAGGAAUGUGGAUUCAUUAGUCCCAUUCACUUAAGUGACACUAUGGAAAUGUACUGUGAUUUUCUUUUGCUACGUCCAUGUUUAUUAUGAAAUGUGGAGUAAUGAAAGAGAGAAUAUUGAAUACUUUGUUAUUGAAAUAUGUGUAUUUUGAUGGUUAAAAGUUCAUUUCCAGUACUGCUUCUGUUAAAAGUUUGAAUCUGCAGUUAUUUUAGUAUAGAAAAACAGUAGAAAAAAAUCAGUAAUGGUUGGUGUUAUUACUACUUAUAGAGAAAUAUCAAUGACAGCUAGAGUAAUAGUCACAUAUUAUGGUUUUAUAAAUGUUGCACAAUAGGGACAGGCUUUUGUAAACAGUUUUAAGAUGUGUAGAAAAUGCGAUUUAUUAUGGUACAUUAAUAUUGUAGCUAUCAAGUGUCUAAUGUAAUUACAAAUGAUAUAUAAUUGUUCUUAUAUUUUCCUAAUUAUUAUAUGAGUACAUCCUCUUCUAUAAAUUGUACAUACAAUUUACAUAUUGUCAUUUUAUUCAUUGGAUUGUAUCAGUUGCCAUGAUGAUAUUUAAGUCAGAAUGUGUCCCCUGUGUUCAUAUCAUUGCAUGUAACAUAUGUUGUUAUAAUACAUUUUGGUAACUAGGUCUGUAGUUCCUACAGAAAUUAAAAGAAAAUAUUAUUUGUAGUGGAGGCAGGGGUAAGUCACUUACCUUAAUACCUCAAUAUAUCGUGAAAAAUAAUAGUUUAUGGUUAUUAUCACACUUGCUUAAAAACAGAUGUGUUAGCAUAAAUAUAUGUACAUGAGAAGCAGAAAAUAGUAAAUAACAGAGGAAAACCAUUCACUCAGACACAGAACACACAAAUGUAUGACCAAAUCACAACCAAAAUAAUGAGAUGGAUGGCAGCAGAAGGGGAAGCGUAAACAAUGCUUCAUAUCAAUGGAAUGAUAUGAAAAGUAUUCUUAGGGACAACAUGAUUGGGAACAGAUGAGAAUAACAAAGUGUAAAAGAGAACAAAAGCUCCAAAUAUCAGUGUACGGUACCCAUCAACUUACACUCACAACAAUGAUGUGAUAAGGGGACUUUCUUAUAAUUUUUUUUAACUGAAUAGGAAAGAAAAUGAGAACAAAGAAAAUAAGGUCACAGGCAUUACAAGGGGGUUAACAAGAAGUAGUAAUGGAAGUGUAAGAUAAAGUGAAAUAUUCUUAAGAAAAUGAAAAGCACCGUUUAUUAUUUUUUCUUUUAUCAGUACUGGUAUUUGCUACUAGCUGCAGCUGCUGUUGCAUACAUUCCAUUUUUUCAUACCUUUGCGUUUGGUCAGUAGCUUAAUUGUCAUUACCACUAACUAAACAGAUACCUAAAGUUCUGUUGUUUGUGUUCUUAAGUGUUUGUGUGUGUGUGUGUGUGUGUGUGUGUGUGUGUGUGUGUGUGUGUGUGUGUUAGAGUAGAGUGACUUUUAAUAGUGAAGGGAAUAACAGUUUUGCAUGUUUUGUUUCUCUUGUGUGUGAAACAACUGCUCUGUAAUUUUCUAAUUGCAUGUAAGAAGAAAUCUUAUUUCUGUUCUCAAAGUUAGUGUUUUUUGUAUUUACUUAAAUAAAGCAGAUAAAUUUGCAUCAAAAUUCUGUGUGUGUGUGUGUGUGUAUGUUUUUUUUCCUGAUAAAAAGCAGAUUUUUUACGCAUUGUAAUACUGGUGAAACAUAUUGUACAUUGCAUGGUGUGUUAGUAACAAAAAGACAAAAUAUUCUUGGUGAACAUUGUUUUGUAAUAGUAAGCUUGCUUUCAAGGUGAGAAUAACUGUUUAUACACAUCUUGUUUUAGUUUGCAUAAUAAGUGAAUUCUGUCAGAAUGUUUUAUAAAAAGUUUCCUGUUGAAAAUAUUUUGUAAAAUAUUCACUUUGUCUUUAAUUCUGCUUAUUUGUUAGAAGCAGUGUAGUUACAUUGAUUGCUUAAUGUUUCAAAUGUUGGUGAAGUUUCUUUUCACUUAGCUUCCAACCAAGUGGGCACGAGAAUGUCAAUAGUCUGUGUUCUAUUUAAAAACCUUGUCAUAUUUAUUUGUGUUUAAUAAAAGUAUUUUGAAGAUCCUUUAGAAGACUGUAUAGUACAAUUCAGUUAUUUUGUAAUGUUUAAUGUUAGUUCUCUCACAGUAGCCUGUGCCUUUAUUUGUAAUUUGGCAUGUACCUGUAACAGGCACUGAUUCAUGUACUGGAAUCAGGGAAAUGGCUGAAGUAUUUAACUUCAUGAUUGAUCCAGAUGAAGACAUUUCUCUGCAUGAAGCAGUCUUGAAAAGUGACUUCGAGAAAAUGGUUUUUCUGUUAAAUGAAAAGCCUUCAAGACUAAAUGAAACUAUGGGGGCAGUUGGUGUAACACCUCUUCGUUGUGCAGCAGCAGGUGCGUGCUUAUAAAAUUGUAAACCACGAAAUGAUAAUAAGACAAGUCAUCAAAAUAUAUUAUUAUAUUCUUUCUUUCUAA